UCCAUUUCCCAAGAACACGCCUUUACAACACUCUCACCCCUACUCAUCAGACCAUUUCCCAAGAACACGCCUUUACAACACUCUCACCCCACUCAUCAGCGAAACUCAACCAUCACCACCACCACCACCACCGCAACAUGUCAUCUCAGGUUAACUCCGAUAUCCCACCCUCCUCCACUCCCGUCGUCAUGCUCUCUGCUCCCGACACCCAGGACAACCCCCAAGAAGCCUUUCACACUCCGCCGGAGCAAGCCUCACCUCACUCUUCCGACGUCAAUGUUGUUCCUCCCUCUGCUGGGUCCCAGGUGUUAGAUGAUCCUUCUGAUGAUUCGGUGUUUUUGGAUGAAAUAAAGAACUUUCACGAUGACUUUCAAUUAGGGUUUGGAGAAGAUUUUCCGCCUGUGAAUGACGAUGAUCCUUCUGACAAUGUUGUUCGUCACUCUGCUGGGUCCCAGGUGUUAGAUGAUCCUUCUGAUGAUUCGGUGUUUUUGGAUGAAAUAAAGAACUUUCACGAUGACUUUCAAUUAGGGUUUGGAGAAGAUUUUCCGCCUGUGAAUGACGAUGAUCCUUCUGACAAUGUUGUUCGUCACUCUGCUGGGUCCCAGGUGUUAGAUGAUCCUUCUGAUGAUUCGGUGUUUUUGGAUGAAAUAAAGAACUUUCACGAUGACUUUCAAUUAGGGUUUGGAGAAGAUUUUCCGCCUGUGAAUGACGAUGAUCCUUCUGACAAUGUUGUUCGUCACUCUGCUGGGUCCCAGGUGUUAGAUGAUCCUUCUGAUGAUUCGGUGUUUUUGGAUGAAAUAAAGAACUUUCACGAUGACUUUCAAUUAGGGUUUGGAGAAGAUUUUCCGCCUGUGAAUGACGAUGAUCCUUCUGACAAUGUUGUUCGUCACUCUGCUGGGUCCCAGGUGUUAGAUGAUCCUUCUGAUCAUUCGGUGUUUUUGGAUGAAAUAAAGAACUUUCACGAUGACUUUCAAUUAGGGUUUGGAGAAGAUUUUCUGCCUGUGAAUGACGAUCAUUCUUGCAAAGAUAUUCCAAUGGACAAAAACUCUGUCCCAGAGAAAAAUGCUGUGAACGACGUUGAUUUGUUCAGAGAAACUGAAAGAUCUUCAAGUUAUGAGAUUGGAGAAGGUUCUCGAAACGUUAACCUGGUAGAAGGGCACAACCACAACAGGUCAAGUGGUGAGGGUGGAGAAGUUUCUGAAAGCUUGAAUGUGUUUGAUGUAUUGAGAUAUCUUGCUAAUACCGCUAAUAAAGUAGAAGAUGAUGGUCUUACUUUGUUGGAAUCUCUUAAGCGUGCCGGUAUUAAAUUUCCUCGUCCAAGUUGGUGGUCGGACGAUAUGAAAUCUGAACUCUUCAACUUUGAUGAUGAAGAGCAGAGGAAGUGAAGCUCUUCAGUGAUCCAUUUUUUGAGGGUAUUGAUGGUUCUUUCAUGGAUGAAUGAUUCCCUUGCACUUUAAAUUGUCUUUUGCUGUUUAACUAACUAUGAUAUUGUAUGGUAGUGUUCUAAUUUCUAUCAUGUUUUGUUUUGAAUGUUGUCUAACAUUUGUAACUGUGGUUCAGAACUUUAGGUAAUAUUAACCACCUUAUGAUUAUGAUCUAAAUUUAUA